ACACGUCAGCGCUCUCUAACUCUCGCCCCCGCUCUCUCGCCCAUACUCCCGCCCAGCCGUCUGCCUGCAGGCCUGCUCGCGCUUUCUCUCGCCCGUGAUGUCUCUCACCCGCACUCCCAUUCGCCUGCCCAGUUAUUCACCCACUUAUUCCACUCCCACUCACAUCCCCUCUCGCCCGCUUACUCGUGACCCCGCAACACCGCCUUUGUUUGUGCCCUGGAUGGAGCAAUUAGUUUUGCGGAACACCUCUCAUUGCUGGUGUGGUGGGUUGGCCAACUGAUGAGCAGGCGGACGAAUGGGCAGGUCUUCUUCCUCGGCUUCGUCUGCUUCAUGGGUCCGGGUCUCUUCAACGACCUUUGCGGCAGCGGUCAGAUCAGCAGCACCAUCAGC